AUGAAGGAUAUUCUAAACCGUGCUGGUAUGUCAGACUGCAAACCUUUAGCAACCCCGGCUGCUGUUACACAGUCUGUUACACCGUCGGACCAGCUUCAUGAUAAUCCGACGCAGUAUAGGCGCAUUGUAGGUGCCCUACAAUAUCUCACCAUUACCAGACCAGACCUCUCUUAUGCUGUCAAUCGACUCUUCUCUGCUUCCUCGGCUAUUCAUGCCUUCUCUGACUCCGAUUGGGCCGGCUGUCCGUUAGAUAGGAAGAGCACGAGUGGCUAUGCUGUAUUCUUGGGGACUAAUCUCGUCUCCUGGUUGUCUCGGAAACAGCGCACGGUAACACACUCCUCCACUGAGGCUGAAUACAAGGCUCUAGCAGAUGUGUCCGCUGAGGUCACUUGGAUUGUUUCGUUGCUUCGCGAGUUGGGUCUACAUACUGGCGAGUCGACUACUCUGUGGUGUGAUAAUUUAGGGGCCACCUAUCUCUGUGCUAAUCCCAUGUUCCACGCCAGAACCAAACACGUGGAAAUUGAUUUCCAUUUUGUACGAGACAAAGUUGCCUCAGGGGACUUACUUGUUAAUUUCGUCUCAACAAAGGAUCAGAUUGCAGAUAUCUUCACCAAACCCUUGGCUGGUCCACGUUUUGCUGCUCUACGUGACAAGUUCAAUGUGGUGACUCACCGACCUUGUGCUUGA